GCGAAGCCAUGCCUCCUUCGCAGAGCCGCGUGCUCGUGGUGGGCGGAAGCUUCGCGGGCCUAUGCAUCGGGCGCGACCUGAAGAAGGACUUCCUGGUCACCAUCGUGGACGCGAAGGAGUUCUUUGAGUACACGCCAGGCGUGCUGCGCGCGUACGUGAAGCCGAAGCACCUCGACGCCCUGACGUUCACGCUCUACCCCGUGAUCGAGUACCAGAUGGGCCUCAAGUUCAUCUGGGGCGAGGUCCUGGAGAUGAAGCCCGACAGGACCGCCGUGAUCAAGCCGAUGUUCACGACGGCGCAGGAGACGAUCGACUUCGACUACUCCAUCAUUGCUGCCGGGUGCAACUUCGGCGUUUUCCACAAGUGGGGCGAGUCCCUCUGGUUCCCGACCAUCCACGAGAAGGCACGCCCGGAGGGCUCGUGGUCGCACAUCGACGAGCGCUUCCUGGAGGGCCGCCGUCGCCACGUCCUCGAGGAGUACAAGGCCAUCCGCGAGAUGAAUGCGGAGAAGGCCUCCAUCAUGGUGGUCGGCGCCGGCUUCAUCGGCGUCGAGUGGGUCACGGAGCUGGACCACUUCUUCCCCGACCUCUCGCUGGCCAUCUGCGACAUGCUGCCCAAGUGCCUCGGCCCGCUGCCCGAGAGCGCCGCGCAGUACUGCGUCAACUACAUGACGAAGAAGGGAAUCAACCAGAUCUACGGCGAGAAGUUCGACGAGAAGAGCCCGGAAUACUUGGCAAAGGUCGGCCUGAAAGACAGGAGCGGCAAGCUUGGUUGGGACAAGGACAAAUACGUCUGCGUCGGCGUCAAGGCGUCCAAUUACUUCAUGCCCGAGGAGACCCUCAGCACCGUGGGCCCGGGUGGCGGCAAGUGGAUCCUCAUGGACCAGACCCUCGCGGUGAGGACGAGGGAGGGCAAGCGCUGGAGCGUGGACGAGAAG